AUGAGUUCGCAAGAUGAACAGUCGAGCGAUUCUAGCGAGGACAGUAGCAGAGGAAGUUCUGAAGAGGAUCAAAAGAACAAGGAUCGGAAGAAGAGUAAGCAGAAGAUGAAGCAGGAUGAAGUGAACCCAACAAAGGCGCAAAUUUCGGCACGGCAGUUCCUUUCGCGAAAGUUGCCAACUUUCACCGGUCGACAUGAGGAGUGGCCAAUCUUUUUAAGCAGUUUCAACACCACGACUAAGGCUUGCGGAUUUUCAAAUUUAGAGAACCUGGCUCGUUUGCAGGAGAGCUUGAGGGGCCCUGCACGGGAUUCAGUUUGCAGUCGACUGUUGUUGCCGGAAGCGGUACCGCAAAUCAUCGAAACAUUGCGGAUGCUGUAUGGGAGGCCGGAGCAAUUAUUGAACGCGUUGCUGGUGAAAGUGAGGAAGACAGAUCCACCGAAAGCGGACCGAUUAGGUACGUUCAUCAGUUUUGGGAUGGUAGUUCAGCAAUUAUGCGACCAUCUUGAAGCAACGCAACUCAAUGACCACCUGGUAAAUCCCUUGCUGAUCCAGGAGCUGGUUGAGAAGUUACCUCCAGGGACGAAAAUGGAUUGGGUUCGGUACAAAAGGCUACAGGGUAGAGUCACACUUCGGACGUUGGCUGAUUUUUUGUCCGAACUGGUGUCUACUGCCAGUGAAGUAAGUGGAGUCGUGGAUGCAUCAUUAAAUCCAAUCGGUAGUCGUGCCAGCAAGAUCAGAGGCGGAAGAUCGAAGGAAUAUGAAAGUCACAUCAACGCACACAGCGAAGAAUUGUCGAGAAAACCGGAAUACCCAAGAACACCGUGUCCAACGUGUGGACGCACAGACCAUCGACUUCGGAACUGCGAUGAAUUUCGAAAGAUGGGUGUUUUGCAGCGACUGGAGGUUGUCGAUCGAUUUGAACUAUGUCGAUCAUGUCUGAACGCGCAUGGGAGGAGCAGAUGCAAAGCGAACAUUCGGUGUAAGGUCGACAGGUGUCAAGGCCAGCACAAUACAAUGCUUCACCAACAUUCAACGGAACUGCGUUCAAACUGUAAUGCACACAGCGCAAGUCAGCAGGUGUCGGUAAUUUUUCGGAUGAUUCCAGUAACACUGAGCUACGGAGGAAUGUCCAUCAACACCUUAGCUUUUCUCGAUGAGGGUAGUUCUUUCUCGCUGGUGGAAUGUUCUAUCACAAAUAUGUUGAAGGCGACUGGGAAACCACAGCCCCUACGUGUUACCUGGACCGCAGGGAUGACGAGGCUAGAACGGGAGUCAAUGCUGUUGAAUCUGACGAUUUCUGCUGUCGGUUCGAAGGAACGGUUUUCGAUGGAAAAGGUCCACACUGUGGAGGAGCUGAAGUUGCCGGUGCAGUCUCUGAACUACCGGGAAUUGGCGGAGAGCUAUAGCCAUCUUAGAAAUCUUCCGGUAGCUGAGUAUCCAAAUGAGUCUCCGAGGAUUUUAAUUGGUUUGAAACAUCUACAUUUAUUUGCACCCAUUGAAUCGCGAAUUGGUCGACCAGGAGAGCCGAUAGCCAUUAGAUCCAUGCUCGGGUGGACGGUCUAUGGUCCAAAAGAAGGAGGUAGCUUGCGAACUGUAUACGUUGGACAUCAUUCAUGCACUGGUGUGUCCAAUCAAGAACUGCAUGAUCUUCUCAAGUCACAAUAUAUACUUGAAGAGCCGGGUGUAACAGUGGAUGUUUUGCCAGAGUCAGCUGAAGAUCGACGAGCUCGGGAGAUAUUGGAAACUACGACGAAGCGAGUUGGAGACAGGUUCGAAACGGGUAUGCUAUGGAAAGAGGAUGAUCCAUCGUUUACAAACAGCUACCCAAUGGCAUCAAGUCGAAUGAGAAGUCUCGACAAGCGCCUAUCGCAGAACCCACAACUAUUGGAAAACGUUCGGAGCCAACUCGUGAAAUAUCAAAGUAAGGGGUACUGUCACAGAGCAACUGUAGAGGAAUUAACGAAGACUGACCCCAAGAAGGUGUGGUACCUUCCCCUCAACAUUGUGAUCAAUCCGAAGAAGCCGAAUAAAAUUCGGCUUGUAUGGGAUGCCGCUGCUGCUGUAGAAGGUGUGUCGCUUAAUUCGAAGCUGCUUAAGGGACCGGAUUUCUUAACUUCGUUACCUUCGGUUGUGUGUAAGUUCCGACAGUACAGUAUUGGAUUUGGGGGAGACAUCCGAGAGAUGUUCCACCAACUGAUGAUUCGUCCGGAAGACAGGCAAGCUCUGCGGUUCAUGUUUGAUGGAGAGAUCUACGUGAUGGACUGCGCUAUAUUUGGAGCAACAUGCUCGCCAAGCCAGGCGCUCUACGUUAAGGAUCGCAACGCUAGUGAGUUCUUGAAGCAGUUUCCAGAUGCCGUAAGUGCUAUUGUAAAUCGACAUUACGUGGAUGACUACUUCGACAGUACAGAGACCGUGAAAGAGGCGGUGAAAAGGGCAAGUGAGGUCAAGUACAUCCAUUCAAGGGGCGGUUUCGAGAUUCGAAACUGGGUGUCGAAUUCUCACGCAGUACUCCAGCAGCUAGGUGAGUCAAAAACGAACCAAAUGGUCUAUUUCAAUACCGAUAAAGCUACGGGCUCUGAGCGGGUUUUGGGAAUCGUCUGGGACCCUCAAGAGGAUGUGUUCACGUUUGCUUUGAAACUGCGAGAGAAUCUGCAACCAUGUCUGACAGGCGACAAGCGUCCGACCAAACGAAUCGUUUUGAGUAUAGUGAUGAGUCUGUUUGAUCCGUUAGGCUUGCUGACGAUGUUCGUCAUUCAUGGUAAGAUGUUGAUACAGGACCUAUGGCGCACAGGUUGUGAGUGGGAUGAUACGGUCGACGAUGAGAGCUUCGAAAAAUGGAAAAGAUGGACGAACACAAUGUGA